AUGGUCGUAAGUCUAAUUCAUCCCAAUACUUGUGGAUUUGCCAAAGUAAUUGCUUGGCAGCUGGAAAAAUCAACAGCGUCAACAGCAAUACGGUCGGACGGAGAAUCAUUACCAAAAUUUCGCUCGCGAAUAUCAAAGUUACACUACGAAAAUUUUAUUGAAGCUUUCAGCGAGUGCAAAGAGAACUACUCAAUUAGCUUUGCGACUUUUCAGAAGAGGUUUCAAGAUCUCCAUACAAAAUUUGUCAAAUGGAAUUCCCGUAAAAUCAACGAGCGCGUGAAAUAUCUUGCUACUUUUGAGACAGAAAAGUGGAAAAAACUUCCAUCCUCAAAGAAAGCUGAACAUAGUUUACAGGAGUGCCGUGGAUGUUCUCACAGCUACAGCUAUGAGCAGUCUCUGUUUCCUGUCAAGUCCAAGCAAUUUAACAAUUGUCAAGACAAGAAUAACUUUGUAACAGCAACACAGACCGCUAAUGACGUGGGUGAAUCGAAAGCAAAGGUGAAAUGCAAAAAACGCGAGGUGACCAAGGCAGCUAGGGAACUGUAUGCACAAAUUAACCUGCAAUUUCAGAAAAUAUGUCAGGUUCCUUUGGCUCAAGCUUUAGUUUCUGUUCCAGAAUUGCAACUCCAGCAGAAGAAAUCUAAAACUGAAAUGAAGAAAGAAAAAAGGGACUGUUACAGGAAGGUAAAAGCACGGAUUGAAGAGGAAUGGAAGGAAACAGAUAUUUUAAGGUUAGUAACGCUGUACAUGCAUGAAAUAAUAGUCAUUCACCUAAAAAGUUAAAUCAUGUCAAAUUUGUUACACUUAGGUGUUUUGGUAACAGACAGUCUUUGAAGUCGCGUCAGAAAGAUCGUCUAGCGCAGGCGUUUGAGCCAAGACUGAGUCCAGAACAUUCGCAGGUACCUGAAAUAAAAAGAAGUCCUGUUGGGAUAUUUGACAAGAUGGCUUGGGACAAAGAUGCUCUUAAAUCAGAAGUUGAGUCAUAUGAAAAUGGCAAGUUUGUCAACUGGUCUCAACUGGCUAAGGACUAUAACGUCACCAACACGAAAGGCAAAAUUGCAGCAAAUGGCGGCCAGAUUGUGAAAGAGUGGUUGAAAUCGGUUGAUUCAAACGAUACAACACCAAUUCAGAUGAUCCACGCAUUCGACGAAAGAAGAGGAGAGGCCUAG